GGUUACGUGCGGAGCCUUCUCGGGCUCAUGACAUUGUAGCGUUUCCUCAAGUUGUUUGGAGCAGAAUUUAAAGUUGCAGGCUGGGCAUGGCCUGAAUGAUUGUAUGCUGCUGUCCCUGAAGAAGGCCAGUGUGGAGGUGUCACUUGUAAAUAAUGACCAUGACAAUGGCAGCGGCCAACAUGUUGCCCAACAACUCGAUGAACUUCACAGAAAACCAGCAUGGAAAUGCUAUUUUGGAGAUGCUCCGCCAUCAGCGGGAGCAGAACUAUUUCUGCGACGUCAUCCUGCACGUGCAGGGCCAGCAGUUUGAGGCGCACCGCAACGUGCUGGCCUCCUGCUCCAAAUAUUUCCAAAACACCUUCAAACAGGACAAGGUUGUGAAAGAGCAGCUGACUAUCAGCUGUGGCGGCCACGAGAUCUUCCGGUGCCUGCUGGACUACAUUUACACGGGCAACGUAGUGAUCGACAAGAACAAUGUGUCCGAACUGGUGCGCCUGUCGAACCACUUCAGCGUGCUGAAGCUGCGCGGCCACUGCUCCGAGUACCUGGAGCGCUACCUGGACGUCACCAACUGCCUGUCGGUGAUGGACAUGGCCGACCGAUACCAGAUGACCGAACUCCUGCGCACCGCCGUCACCUUCGUCAAGGCCAACAUCGACGACGUACUGCGGCAGCAGGAGGCCAUGGAGCUGCCGCAGGCCAAGGUGGAGCAGCUCGUUAUGGGCAAGGAGCUGGCGCUGUCGCCGGAGCGGCAGCUUACGUUCGUGCUGAACUGGGUGCGCCACAGCGUGUCGUCGCGCGAGAACGAGCUGCGCCAGCUGCUGGUGGGCGUGCCGCUGCAGCUAGUGGAGCGCGGACGGCUGCUGCAGCUGGUGCAGACGGACCGGCUGCUGGCGGAGAGCGAGCGCUGUCUGUACUUCACGCUGCAGAGUCUGAGCGACGCCGGUGUCCGGCUGCCGGCCUAUGAGCAGCUCUUCAGCCAGAUGGAGGAGAAGUAUAUGCAGGACCUGGUGGUCGACAACGAUACGUUCCUCUCCAUGGCGAUCAGCACGGCCAUAGAAGAGCUGGAGGGCACGGAGGCGACCAUCUUUGACGGCCUUCACCGGCUUCAGCAGCAGGCGGCCGUGUCGUCCAGCCAGAACCCGCCGCCGAUCGAGACGUUCUCCAUCUCGGCCAUCGACGACGCGCUGGGCGGCGUGGAGCUGACCGGCGGUGAGCAGGAGACGGCCCGGGACCUGCGCUGCCACGCCGGCGAGCCGCGCUACCUGGGCCGCUACCAGGAGCCGCCGCCGCCGCCACCGCCACCGCCGGCGGCGGCCUCCCGCUACACAGACUACGGCGAUGCGCUCGGCGCCGAGCAGGCGCCACACCCGCCGCAGCUGCAUGACAAGUACGAGGAGCUGCAGGUGGACGAGCAGCACCGCUACGGCGGCGGGCCUGCCGCCGAUCAUCAGCGCAUUGCGCCGCGCCAGAACGCACGCUACCGCGGCGCGGCUGACUGCCACGAGAUGGCCGGCCUGUACCAGUCGGUCGGCUGCGGCCCUGCCGGCGGCGGCGGCGGAGGCGGCGCCGUGGCGGCCGGCGACCUGCAGUACAUGCUGAUGGUGAAGCGCGCUGAGAAGCCGGACGAGGAGCCGACGCCGGCUGAGCAGGCCGACGAGCGCCGCCUGCUGGAGGCGGCGCAGCCGCUCGGCCUCCAGUACAUGGUGUACAACGAGUACCCGGAGCCGGGCGGCGCACUGUACUGCGAGCCGCCGGCCAGCCUGGCACAGUGCCGCUUCGAGCCGCGGCGGCACCUGGAGUCGCGCACGUUCCAGGCGGCGCCGGACGCGCGCUUGCGCCCGCUGUGCGCCAGCUAUGAGGUGGUGGACGAGGGCCGGCCGGUGGGGCGCGAGCAGGCCGCCUCCCCAAGAAGAAAGCGGCUGCGCCAGCGACAGGAGCCACCGGUGGAGGAGGACGAGCCCCGGCCGGAGCACACAGGUGACCGCUUCGCUCGCGCCCUGAGCGGCCGACGACAGAUGGCGCCGUGCUCGCGUGGAGCGCAGCUUGCCGCUCUGGAGAAGCACCGGGCGGAGAAGCACCGGCCCGGCCCGCUGAAGAAGACGUUUACCUGUGAUAUCUGCCAGAUGUGCAGCGAGAAGACGUCGAUCUACUUCAAGCACAUGCGCACGCACUUCGAUGGCCCUCCGUUCACCUGCAGCAUAUGCUUCCGCGAGUACCCAGUGUUCCUGAAGUUUAUGCGGCACCGGCGCGAGCACGCCGAAAACAAGCCGCACCGCUGUCCGGACUGCAACCUCAGCUUCUGGAAGAAGGGCAACCUGAGCUCCCACAUGCGCAUCCACACGGGCGAGCGGCCGUUCAAAUGUGAGUAG